AUGCCACCCAGAGCAAAGACAACACCGAGAAAGAAGACUCAAGGACGGAAAACUAGGGAGAGCUCCGUUCCCAUUCCGAUAGUCCUACAUGAUGAUUGGGAGAUUCGGAAAGAAGGGAAUGAUUUUGAUCCAUUCUCGGAUUAUGGCCAUAAUCUCGUAUAUUUCACAAUAAGACUCCAUCAUGGCGGCAAAUUCUCUGAUGGCAAAUACGUUUUUGGGAAGGUUGCACAUGUUGACUUUUGUCAUCAAGAAGAAUUUAAUUUGCAUGAAUUAAGUGCAAUUAUGGUGAGAUUGUACUCUAGGGAGACCAUAUGUGCCUUCUACUAUGUGGAACCUUUGAAGGAUUUGAGUAGUACGCUGUAUGAAUUAACGGAAAAUGCUCAUAUGAAGGAAUUUUUGAAGGUUUUGGGAGGUCAAAGGAUGAUAGAUGUGUAUGUUUGCCACAUGACAGAAGCUGAUGCAAAAGAGAAGUUGAUCCGGGACGAAGAGAAAAUGUUUGCUGAAUUUAUGAAAGAAGAAUAUGGUUUUGUGAAAGCAGAUAACUUGUAUAUCAAGAAACAAUCAGCAGUUGUGAUUGAAGAGAUUGGCAAGGAGAGACAUUUUACCGCAAAACAUGUUACCCCAAAAUCUUGGAGACAAAAGACGCAAUCGGCUCUACAGUUGAUAUGUUGGAAAGACAGUGAUGACAGUAUUGAAGAUAAGGAGUUCCUAGAUUUCCUUGAGUUGCCUUUUAAGAAAGACAAAGAUACUGUUGUUUCUGCAAAUGGUGAUGAUGAGUCGGUAGUUGGUGGAGGUGCAGUGGAGGAGAAUGUAAGCGAGGGUGAUGAUGGUACUGUUGAGGAGAAUGUUAACGACUCUCUUAUUGAGGCUGCGGUUCUUCAAACUUUUGUUGAGCCUCCAGAGGCUGAAAAGGUCAGGGAGACUUCAGUUCAGCAUGCUGAAACUUCUGUUACUGCUCCAGUGACUGAAGAGGUUAGCGAGGGUACGAAUGAUCCCGGUGAAAUUUCUGUGGAUGCUACUAGUAUUAAAAGUAUUGCUGCUGUUCAGAAUGAUUCAACAAGGUUGAAAGAUGAUGAUGCUAUUAAUAUUGAUGCUGUUAAUACAGGGUUGGACAGUGAUGAUGUUGUUGACACUGAUGCUGUAGGGUCUGAAGAUGUUGCUGCUGUUAACCCAUCAGAUGCUGCAAGGUCUAAGAUGUUGCUGUUUUUCCAAGUAACGGCGGAGAAUCUGAGAACGAACCUCCACUUGAUGGAUAUGUACCUGCUGCAUAUGUGGAGCCUUCACUUGUGA